AUGUCUUCUCUCAGUUCAGAGCAGGUGGGCGGUUUGGCUGUGUCUCAGUUUGAUAAGGCUGCGCCGGUUUAUGUUGAUGGUGCUGCGUCUAUUCUUGAUGCUGAUUGCGGUGUUGAUUGCGAUGCUAAGGUUGAUGAUGAUCACGAAGAGGAUCAUGAUGAUGAUCUGUCUGAUGGUCAAGUUGAUGAACCAAGGGAUGAGCCAAGCGACGACCACAAUGAAGAUCAGAGCGAUGCUCAGAGCGAUGCUCAGAACGAGGAUCAGAACGAUGACCAUAGGGACGAGCAAAUCGAUGAGCCAAACGAUGCUCAAACUGAUCCUCAGACCGACGACCACGACAACGACCACGACAACGAGCAAGCCGACGAGCAAGCCGACGAGCAAGCCGACGAGCAAGCCGACGAGCAGGUCGACGAACCAAACGAUGCUGGGACUGACGCUCAGACCGAAACCACCGAUACUCAGACCGAAGAUGAGCACAGCGACCAUCCCGCCGACCACAACGACCAGCCCGCCUCAACCGCCACCCACGACGACGAUUUCCUCCACGAAGUCGCGCAAUGGCACGCCUACUUCCAGCAAGAAUGGCACACCCACGGCGGAAUCCUCCGCUGGAUGACCAACCGCGCCCUGCCCGCGGCCGGCGCUCUCGCGCUGUCCAUGUUGACCUCGACGCCCGCCAUGUACGCGCUGCACGCCACGCACAUCAGCUCGUAUCUGACCACCCGCGACGACGACGCGGAGUGGCCGCUGCGGUUCCGCUUCACCGACCAGCUCACCGAGAUGGAGUGGAUGGGCGCCCUGCUCAUCGUGCUGGUGCUGUGGCACCAGUAUCUAUUCAAGAUGAUCCUCCAGGGGUACCGGACGACGCGGUUCGGCGCCACCCUGUGCCUGGACGUGCUCGGCCUCCUGUUGUGCGUGUUCUGCAUGCCCGGGCUGAACGGCUGGGUGGUCGGGCAGAUGUACGGCCUGACGCUCGCGAUCAUGCACCUCCAUCUGCUGUGCAUGUUCGCACUGUAUGAUACUGCCGUCUGGGCCAGGACGAUAUCGUGGUGA